CCGCAAAUGGGGCAGUGCUUAAAAGCAGCUGUUAACUGUUGCAUGUAGACGUAUUUUGCAAUUCCGCUAAAGCUGUCAAGUGCAAGAAGGUCGGGCGGCUAAGUGCGAAUUUGAAAACGCAACCAGAGGAGUCUUUCGCUGAGGGGGGAAGAUAACGCGAUGAAGAAGACUGGUGAAGUGAAAGACACAAGUUGCUGAGAUAAGAUUUUAAAACUACCACUACUUCUGACCCUGCACUACCUUUCGUGGGUUGUGUUUUGUCGAACACAUACAAACUUGAAUGGAUUAGAACACAGUCCGUGGCUAAAAAAAACCCCAAAACAAUUAAACAAAAUGCAGAACAACACCAGCAACACCUGCAGCAUCUCAAAUACCACAGAUCCCACAGCAAAUCGGCAGUCGGUUGUGUACUGCGUGAUGCUCUUUACAACAGGGUUUGUCGGCAACACAAUCGCUCUCUGGAUCCUUUACCGACACAAAACCAACACCAGAUACAACCAUGUCUCCGUUUUCUACGUGCUGGUCACUGGUCUGGUUUGGACGGAUUUACUGGGUAAAAUACUGUUAAGCCCGAUGGUAAUGGCUUCUUACGCGCUCUCCAAAUGUCUGACGGACCUCAGUGACCACCUGUGCCAGACCUUUGCCUCGUUGAUGGCUUUCUUCGGCUUGUGCUCAAUGCUCAUUCUGUUGACUAUGGCUCUGGAGUGUUUGCUGUCCAUCGGACAUCCUUACUUUUAUCAGCAGCACAUCACUAAAAAGAGAGCGCUCCUCUUUCUGCUCGGGAUUUAUGCGAUCUGUUUGGUCUUCUGUUUGAUGCCCGCAUUCAAAAUUGGCAGGUACAGGCAGUAUCAUCCUGGGACUUGGUGUUUUAUCAGCAUGAGCGAGACGAAACCGGAGGAUAAGGCGUUCUCAGUUCUGUAUGCCACACUAAUAUUGGUGAUGAUCCUGGCUAUCGUGGUGUGCAACAUCACGGUGAAGAUAAACCUGUUGAAGAUGUACAAACUGUCCCGCCGGCAGAACAGCUGGAGCGCUUCUUUCGAUGUAACAACAGGAGAAGGGACUUGUCAGCCGCCCAAGAGCCGUCAUCCCGAGGAGUUAGACCACCUCAUUCUUCUGGGGCUCAUGACUUUGAUCUUUCUCAUCUGUUCAGUCCCUAUCACCGUACGGGCCUACAUUGGAGCCUUCAGCCCAGGAGAACCCAGAGCCGAGGAGGAAGAAAAGGACCUGAACGCUCUGCGGUUCCUCUCCGUGAACUCCAUCGUGGACCCCUGGGUCUUCAUCAUCUUCCGCACCUCCCUCUGCCGGACCCUGGUGCACAAGCUCGUGGAGAAGCUGUGCCACAGCCAGAGGAGGCGCUCAUCUCUGCACCAACAGGAACCGGUGUCACAGCAAAAGGCGACAGAAACAUAGCCCCUACUCUCCCGAGGAACUGAGGUGCUGUGUCUGGAAAUAAUAUGUAUAUGUGUGUAUGUGGAAGUAUAAAUAUAAGCAUAUAUGAAGAACAGUAACAGGCCAUCAAGCACAUUUUACUGUGAAUAGAUAUGUAAUAGUGAAUUGUUUUGGGAGAGGGAAGCUUUUGGACACUAGAGCCAAGUCCAGUCAAUCCCUUAAUUGCCCAGUCACCUCUUUGUGUUUUGUGGAGAAUGGGUAAAAAUCAUUUAAAUUUUAUACUGGCCAAAGUAGGCACAGAAAAACUGAGUUUUUCUCAGAUUGUUGGUGGUCCAAACCACGUUUUUUACUUUUGUUUGUGAUGCUCCUCUGACCUAACACAGUGAGCUGUUCAUAAGAGCAAAACUGUGGUGUUAAGCCAUUGUUGUCUGUGAAUGACGCCACUUGUUAGAGGACAAGUGAUGACAGGUAAUGCUAUCAAGUCAUCAUAGUAAUCUAACCAGUGAGUUUGUCCGAAUGGUCAUGUCCCACACCAUCCAUCAUGAACAAAAUUUGAAAUGAAUGUAAGAAAAUAAUCACACAAGCUGCAUCACUAGACAGAGGAACAGAGGACACAACCUCUGUUCCUCCCUGUGGCAAAACCACCGGUACUCACCCACGUCCACCCAGAUGUAUGUAUGACAUACAUGCUUUUUCCAUUCAUCCAUCUUCAGUAACCAUUUCUUCCUAGAGGGUUGUGGUCAGCCAGAACCUAACCCGGCAGGCACAAGGCAGGAGUACAUUCUGGAUGUGACGCCAGUCCUUAGUUGUACAUUAUUUUAUUAUCAGACAAGAUGAAGACCAUAAGACAUGCAUGCAGAAGCGGUCGUCUUCCCCAGGUUAUCUUGACUGGAAAAAAAAAUCAUAAAAAAUAACCUUUGCCAUUGAGAGAAAUGCAAAAAUAAAUGGAAAUGCUAAAGUAAAUGAACAGUGGCAGGGCACAUGGUUCUCAUUCUGGCAUUAGGUGAAUGUUCCAAGAUUCAUGACAGAUUAUAGUGAGGAUAAGCUGCUUUACAGACAGUUGGAAAGUUUCUGGGAAACGUUUACUGAACUUUCACUAAACUGAGCAACAGAAGAUUGAUUGCUGAAAAAAUGUGGUACUAUUUAAUUUUUCAGAUUUUGAUUCAGUUCUUAGCUAUGUAUACUUUGUGAAUGUGGACAUUUUUUGCUAUAUUGAUAAGCAACAGGCCUGCUGCUUGGAACACUAAUAUGUUUAAUUUUUGUAUUUCAAUAUAUAGUUGAAGUAAAAAUGGGAAAUGAACUUACUCCUUUCCAAAACAUCACUAACAUUGUUCUGUGUGGUCUCAUGUCCAAACAUUACUUGAAUUGCUGAAUUUCACUUUACCCACCCUUUUACAUCUCCAUAGUCAACUUAAAUAUGUUUUCAAUGGACAGAUUAGUUAGCAAUCCUCAUAGGCAUCACAAUCCUGAUAAUUAGACCUUUAAACAACGCUUACUGCUUGUUAGUGGAUUUGAACAGGACUUUACUAACACGCUGUACAAUGUGUGUAUAGAAUGUAUAAAGCAGUAACACCUAAUUGAUUUCACGUUUACGAUUAUGUUUCACGUUCUUGUCAACAUUAUGGCAUUGAGAUGCUUUUGAUGCACGAAGAAUUAUUCUAUAUAUUACAAACGUGUUAUAAAGCAGUCUUUCAAAGAUCAUGCCUGUUGUGGAGAGUUAGAAAAGUACACUGUAUAACUAAAAACAAUAUGGGGCUCUUUAUCUCCAUGUCAUCUUUCUCUGUUCUGGACAGUAUGUUUUAUUUAUGGCUUGUGAAAACAGAUGUUUCGGUUCCAUAGCUCCUGGCUGUUGUCAAAGUUUGUGUGAACUUAGGUGCAGACUCAGUUUGAAAUCUUUAGACACAAAGAUGUGAUGACAAUUCCUACCCAAGAAUACAGAAUCCCUUACCAUUCUGUAGAUAAAAAAGUUAGAUAGGUCACCGCAGAUGCGAUCUACUUACUUGAUGCCAGACGCAAAGACUUCUAACUUGGGUAUGUCUUCUUAUCUCCUUAUUUUGUCAUAGGCUCUCUAUUCCCCAAAGCUAAGGCUGAUCACCAUUUGACUAAUGUUAUGAUUUUGUUUAUCUCGCAUUUCCUUUGUCAUUAAAAUGGUCAUUUGCCCCUGCUUUCAGUAAACUGUUACUCUGAGGCUGUACCAGCCCCAUGCCCCAGCCAACAAAAACAGACAUGUGGUUUUGAUACCUGCAGUGAAGGGCAGGACAGUUUCUAAUUUGAUAUGUGUACAACAUUGACAUCCUUUACAAGUCCAUUCAGACAUUCUUAGAUUGUUAAUAUCUCUGCAUGUGGCAUUAACCCUCCAUAUUUACUCAAUAUUAAACUCAAUAAUUAUAUAUCACAUGAAAUAAUGGCAUCAAGGGUCUGUCUGACUGAGGUGCCACAAAGCUACAGUUGUCCCAGAGUCAUAAAUGGAUCAACAAAAAUCCAAUUUGUCCAAAUUAUUGUUUUUUUCCCCUUUUGGAACAUUAAAAAAAUGGAGCCGAACACACACAGUUCUGCUUUGGAGCAGCAAGAUGUACAGUAGCAAUCAAGCAAUACUUGGUAAAUAGCAUAAAUCAUGCAAGAAUGUUUAUCAAUAAGGCUUUUUGAAGUGUCUUUCAUACUGUCUCAUUACUAAACAAAACAUUGUUGAACUUGUCUUUUAUUAGCAGAAACAAACCACGUGGAGCUCAAGAAAUCUGUUUAGUUGUAUUUUGUGUAUUUUAGUUAAUACAGAAAUGAGGAAUUGGCUGGUAAAAUGAAUAUUUCUGUUUGUGUUAGUAUGUUGUACAAUGUGAAUUUAAUGAAUAUUCGUUUCAAUGCUGACAUUUCACAGUUAUGCACAGUAUAGUUUAAUACGUGUGUUUUUGCAUAGAUUAUUCUGUAGUGCUAAAGAUGUUAUCUUUUCUGUUGUAACAGUCUUAAGUAUUUAUUAAUUCUGAUUCGGUUAGGCAAUCACACUGAGAUUACAGCCUCUUUAAGAAGUAAGACCUUGUAAAAAAACUGUAUCCGGUAUUUAGUUUGUGAGAGGAACAGAAGGGAGAGGUGGAGAUUUCUCUGUUACAAAAUAUUUUUUGUUGUUAUUGCGACUUGCUGCUGUUGUGAGUUAAUUUAUGUGAUUUCUGUAAUGACUGCACUGAAUAUUUACUUCUUGUUGUGUGAUAUAUUAAAAAUAUAUUUGAUUUUG